GCGGGGCAUCAGGCGCGCCCGCCCUCUUCCCCCGGCGUGCCCCGCGGCUGGCGCUGACGUGGCUGCCGUCAGCGCCGCCAUCUUGUGGGAGCGAAACCAACGCCUGGCUGGGAGCAGCCGCCGCGGAGGUCUCUGGCCAGUAUCGCUUCCACCUGUCCACAAGCAUGGGGAAUAUCUUUGCAAACCUCUUCAAGGGCCUUUUUGGCAAAAAAGAAAUGCGCAUUCUCAUGGUGGGCCUGGAUGCUGCAGGGAAGACAACAAUUCUAUACAAACUGAAGCUGGGUGAAAUUGUGACCACCAUUCCCACCAUUGGUUUCAACGUGGAGACAGUUGAGUACAAGAAUAUCAGCUUCACUGUGUGGGAUGUGGGCGGCCAGGACAAGAUCCGGCCGCUGUGGCGCCACUACUUCCAGAAUACCCAAGGCUUGAUCUUCGUGGUGGACAGCAAUGACAGAGAACGUGUGAAUGAGGCCCGUGAAGAGCUCAUGAGGAUGCUAGCUGAAGAUGAGCUCCGGGAUGCCGUUCUCUUGGUGUUUGCCAACAAGCAGGACCUCCCCAAUGCCAUGAAUGCGGCCGAAAUCACAGACAAGCUGGGGCUGCACUCUCUACGCCACAGGAACUGGUACAUUCAGGCCACCUGUGCCACCAGCGGGGACGGGCUCUAUGAAGGACUAGACUGGCUGUCCAAUCAGCUCCGGAACCAGAAGUGAACCAGACCCCUCCCUCCCCCUCACUUCCUCUUCUCCGCCCUCCGCUUUCCUCUCAUGUGGCAAACGUGCGACUCUGUGGUCCUGAGUGCCAGAAGCUGUCUCCAUGGGUUGGUCACAGUGUGCAUCGCACCGUGCUGUACAUGUGCAGACGCAGCCUGCAGCCAGGUUUUUAUUUAAUGUAAAUAGUUUCUGUUUCCACUGAGGCAGUUUCUGGUACUCCUAUGCAAUAUUACUUAGCUUUUUUAUUGUAAAAAGAGAAUCAACUCACUGUCAGUACUGAGAAGGGAUUUGGGUGUAGGGGCACCUGGCCUCCGGGAGCCAUUGGGCUGUAGACUGGUGUCAGUAUCCAUUUGGUGGUUGGUUUUUAACCCAAACUCAGUGCAUUUUUUAAAAUAGUUAAAAAUACAGGACAAGAACACUUGAACACACAGAACGGAGACUAUGCCUAGUGUAGGUUUUGCAGUAAUGGCCUGAAUGCUAGUCCAUCGGAUCACCUGUUCCCGUGGGGACAGGAGAGAAGGUGACAAACCACCAUCCGCUGCAUGGUCACAGUAGAGCCCCCGUGACUCGCCUGUCUUUGGGUCACCUGCAUUCCAUAGCAUUGUGCUUGUACUUGUGCUCACAUGGUCACCUAGGGGUGGGCUGGGAGCCACUGUGGGGUGCAGGGCCCGGCUUGUAUUUGGUGUGGCCGGGCCAGAUGGCAGCCUACAUACCCAGCUUACUCUUGGGCCCACUUGGACGCGCUGGCAGGAGGCCUGGGUCUCACCAGCAGGAGCGUGUGCAAGCUGGGAGGGUCGAUCCAUUCCAGACCCACAUCCUGGAGCACCCCCAUCUCCAUGUGUGAAGUAGCUUUCUCCCUCAGCCUGCAAGGGUCCGAUUUGCCAUCGAAAGACGACCUCUACUUUUUUCUUUUGUAUUUUGAUAAACACUGAAGAAGCUGGAGCUGUUAAAUUUAUCUUGGGGAAAUCUCAGAACUGGUUUAUUUGGUGUCGUGGAACCUCUUACUGCUUUCAAUACACAAUUAGUAAUCAACUGUUUUGUAUACUUGUUUUCAGUUUUCAUUUCGACAAGCACUGUAAUUAUAGCUAUUAGAAUAAAGUCUCUUAACUAUUUGA